AUGGAUUCAUUGGAUAGCCACGACAGUCAAUCAAAUCUACAUCGAAACGAUCAAUCCAAUAAUCCAGUAUUACAUGUUCGAAAUGAAGGGAAUAGUAACGUUGCUGUGGAGACAGUUAGUGACGAAGAUCAUAUUAAUACAGAGGAGCAAGUUGAACAUGAACGACUUGUUUCUCAACUCUUAACGAUGCAAGAUGGAUUCGUACCUGGUGAUAUUUUAAAGAUAAAUAAUACCCAAUACUCACAGCAUCGUUAUCCCUUCAAUCAGACCAAUACUUCCUCUUUACUCAACGUGCAUUCGACGUCUAAACAAUAUCCAGAUAGUAGCUCAAAUUAUGAUGAUCAAGAUGAAUUCAUGAGUGAAGAUACUGUAAAUUGCAUCAAUCAACUUCUCAACGAAAUCGAUCAAGGACAAUGUCCUGAAGAUACCAAUUUAAAUGACCGACUUGGAAACUAUUUAUUAACUUCAGCGGAAUAUGCUAAUCAAAGUUUAGUGCAAAAACUGCUCGAUCGAUGUAACGAUAUCAUACACUAUACGGAUAGUGAUGGUUACACAGCGUUACAUCGAGCUGCAGGAAAUCAUAGCGGUAUCAAAAUAGUUGAGAUGUUAAUUAAACGCGGUGCAAAUAUCUCAGCUGAGACCAAUGAUGGCUGGCAACCAUUGCAUUGCGCUUGUCACUGGUUUCAUACUGAUAUCGCUUCACUGCUAUUACAAGCUGGCGCUGAUAUCAACGCAAAGACUGGAAGUGGUCAAACUCCGUUGCAUCUUGCAUCAAGAGGGCAAGGUGAAGCGCGUUCUACUAUCGAAAUGUUAUUAUUAAAUAAAGUGAGCUUAUGUGAUAGUCGAGCAAUCAAUAGCUGCCAAGAAUCAGCAGAAGCAAUUGCUUUAAGGUCUGGUCCAAAUGCAGCCUUAUUUGAGUUGAUAGAUGAUAGUAUCAAAGUAUCAUUUAAACAAUUUCGAUUGUCAAAGACAUCAUAG